ACAAUUCUAGUAUUGAUUGCUAUACCAAGUGUAUUCGUCUUUUACUACUAAAAAAUUUUAUUUGUGCUUUUGUGAAUGAGUAUACCUUAUUAAGCAAAAACUAUCACAUUUUGAAGCAUUAUGUGUACAAAAACUCUAGAACUAUUGGGGUGGAUGACCACCGUCAUGUCAGUUUGAGGGAUGGAAGCAAGUGAAAGUCAAUCAGGCUUCCAUCUAUGUAUAAUAUUAUCAUAAACCGGAACGAUGUUAAUUUUAUAUCCUUACUUUUAUCUAUUUUUAUGGGAAAUGUCUAAUAAUACUUUACUGCAUGCGAACUGAGCCAGUCAAUGGAAAAAUUAGGGAUGGAUAAGUCUAAAAAGAAAGGAAUUACUUGGGGCGAAGCGGCGAAAAUUGUUCUGGAGAAUGCAAAGAAACCUUUGAAUCAUAAGGAGAUACUCAAUGCAAUCCUUGAUCAAAAGCUUAAAGAGGUGUCUUUAAAAUUUUCGCAAGCUCUGGCCUGCCUUAAUGCAAUGCUUCAUGCGAACUCGAGGACACCAGCUUCUCUUUUUUCCAAAGUAACGGGUAAAACCAAUGGAAGAGGAACUUGUUAUCAACUAAAUAAAAAGCACCAAGAUAGUGUUGAAUCUUCAGAAUCCGAGACUGAUUCCCCAGAUUCAAGCUCCAACGAGGGUGAUAUUAAAGUCGAAGAAAAGGAAGAAAGUCCUUCCCAAGUUUCAUCAGAAAGCUCGUCCCAAAACAGUAACAUUUCACCAUCAGGAUCAUUGCCACCAAUUAGCAGUAAUGUUGUUUCUUCAGAUUACUUUUUUAAACAUUUUAAUUCAGAGUUUUCUUAA